AUGACCGAGUCCCUGCCGUUCCUCGUGGAGAGAGCAGCGAAGAAAUUCUAUCGACGUCGGGUGGGGACUGUCAUCAUCGUCUUCGUCAUCUCAUUCGCCGUCGGAUGCGAGAAUGCCAUCAUCCUCCCGACGGCUUGGGAAUACCUUCAGUCUCUGGGCUCCAGGAGCGAGACGGACUUGGGAAUCCUCAUUUCCGCCUUCAACGUGGGUGGCCUCAUUUCAUCCAUUUUCUUCGGCUGGAUCGUGGACAGAUGGAUGCACCUCUGCAAGCCGAUCGUGUUCGUCGGCGCCAUCAUACAGGCAGCAGGUAGCGUGAUGUACUUCCUCGGCAUCCACAAGUGGUUCAUCGUCUCGGGGAGGUUCGUCUGCGGACUCGGAAGCGGGAUCCUCGCCGUCAUCCUGGCUGAACUGGCCCGAGCCACGUCCAAUAGGGAACGUACGACCUGCUUGACACUGGGAUUCGGUUGUCGGCAGUUGGGGCUUCUCCUCGGCCCUGCGUACAAUUUAGCCUUGCACGGUGUCCAGUUUCAAUUUGGGGUGAUCCACGUUAACGAAGCCUCCCUGCCGGGAUUGAUCUUCGCCGUUUUUUGGGGCCUCGCUCUGAUCAUCAUCUAUGUCGGAUACAACAACAUUGGAGAGCAAUACAUCUCGUUGCAGAAGAUGAUCGGGGCCGCCAAGUCGGGACACGUCCAGUACGACACAUUCUUGCCAUCGCAAGGGAGCGCUACAGAUUUCGCAGAGCACAGCUACCCCCUCAUCACGACAAACGCGAAGGAACGGGACGCUCGAGCGGAGAUCCUUCAACGAUCCGAACCAUCGUCGAUCCCGAGUCGACGAGAUGAUUCGUGCGAGAUCCCGUUCCUUCGGCCUGAGGAGAAGAGCGGAACGCCCUCGUCGUUCUUGUAUCUCCUGUCGGAUGCGACCGUCGUCAUCCUAUUCAUGCAGAUCACCUUCUUUUUCUGCCAGUACAUGGUAGAAACGAUCAUCCCUCCAACUCUACAGACUUAUUAUGGACUCGGGAUUCGAGCCAAUUCCCUCUUCUACCUUCUCAUCGGUUGCGAAGCGGUCUUGUCGUUCGCCUUCGUGAUUCUGGUUCGACACCGACUCCUCGACCGGACUGUGAUCAUGGUGGGGAACGUGUUGAUCGUCGUCGGGUUGGUCGCCUUGAUGGUCACCACACACCUGCAGAAAUCCCAUCCCGACCACGCCCUCUCGUUCUUCGUCUCAUCGUGCACCCUCGUUUUCCUCGGCACUCCGAUGGCCUCCGUGUCCUCGGUGAGCCUGGCCUCCAAGUUGGUCGGACCCGAAUCUCAAGGGAAGAUGCAGGCUCUCCGCCGGGUCGCCUCCUCCCUCGGGCUCAUCCUCGGCCCUCUCUGGGCUGGGGCCUUCGUCUACGAUCCGCUCGUGUUGUAUGGAGUUACCUUGAUCAUGUUCUUCAUUCAGAUCACGUUGUUCAUUCUUUCCUAUCCGAGGAUGGUUCCCAAGUGUGUGAAAGGAGUCGACAAGGCCGAGUUCAUGGAAAUCCUUGUGAAUAAUGCCAGACAGAAAUUCUAUCGACGUCGGUUGGUGACCAUCAUCAUCGCGAUCGCGAUCGCAUUCGCCAUCGGAUGCGAGAAUGCCAUCGUUCCGCCGACGGCUUGGGUGUACUUGAAGGCGCUCGGUUCGAGGGACGAGACGGACUUGGGGAUCCUCAUUUCCGCCUUCAACGUGGGUGGCCUCGUUUCAUCCCUUUUCUUCGGCUGGAUCGUGGACAGAUGGAUGCACCUCUGCAAGCCGAUCGUGUUCGUCGGCGCCUUCAUACAGGCGGCAGGAAGCGUGAUGUACUUCCUCGGCAUCCACAAGUGGUUCAUCGUCUCGGGGAGGUUCAUCUGCGGACUCGGAAGCGGGAUCUUCGCCGUCAUCCUGGCCGAACUGGCCCGAGCCACGUCCAGCGAGGAACGGACGAAAAUCUUCACCUUCGUGUUUGCCAGUCUCCAGUUGGGACUUCUCCUCGGUUCUGCGUACAAUAUGGCGCUAGGCGAUUCUCGAGUCGGCGAGGAUCGCGUGAACGAAGCCUCCCUGUCUGGAUUGAUUUUUGCCGUCCUUUGGGGCUUUGCCAUGAUCGUCGUAUAUUUCGGAUACGAAAACAUCGGCGAGCAGUACAUGACAUUGCAGAAUAUGGCAGUAUCGGAACUGUCAGAUCGGUCAGAAGGGUCGGAGGGGUCAGGAAAUGUCCAAUGCCUCGCAUUACUGCCCUUGCACGACGGUCCCGAGAUCGAUCCUGUCGAACGCGUCAAAAAUCCGUUCUCGACCGGUGCGAACGAAGUCCACUCCGUGAGCUUCUCCUGGACGGAUUCCCUCUUCUAUCUUCUGAUCGGCUGCGAAGCGAUCUUGUCGUACACGUCCGUGAUUCUGAUUCGGAACCGACUCCUCGACCGGACGGUGACGAUGGCGGGGAACGUGUUGAUCGUCGUCGGGUUCAUCGCCUCGAUGGUCGUCGUCCAGCUGAUGGAAUCCCGGUCCGAACGCGCGCUCUCGUUCUUCGUGCCGUCGAGCGCGCUCGUGUUCCUGGGGAUCCCGAUGGCCUCGGUCUCCUCGGUGGCCCUGGGCUCCAAGUUGGUCGGACCCGAGUCUCAAGGGAAGAUGCAGGCGCUCGGGCAGGUGGCCUCGUCCGUCGGGAUCGUCCUCGAGAUUGCCAUCUCUGAUCGGAACGGCAGCAUUACGAAGGAUAAGGCGAGCAACGCGACCUGCAUGGACCACACGACGGCAGCAGCGUCGCAACGGCAGCAGCUGACCUCCACUCUGGGAAGCUCCCUCUCGCCCUCCCCGUAUCUUAUCGGAGCAGAUAAGGAGACCUGGUUCGUACGGAUGUCAUCCAGCUCGCAAUGCCACGACUCGAGUGCCUCGCCUGGUCCCACUCGGCGUCGACUUUAUUCAUCGGUCCCCGGGCUCCACGACUGGAUCGGUGCAGAGAUGGCGUGCCACAGCUGCAGGGGGAGAAUCGCCGGCGUCUGCUACAAGUGCGUGGAGUGUGUUGACUACAUGAUCUGCUCCACAUGCGAGGCGUAUGGCGUGCUCCACACCGGCCACAACAUUCUUCGGCUCACGUCAUCCGUGUCUCCCCUGUUCCACCCCGUGUCAGGGGACGUUCACCAGAACGUGGAGUGCGAAUCAUGCCAUGGCCCAGUGAGAGGAAGUCGCUACAAAUGCCUGCAAUGCCCAGAAGUCGACCUCUGCCACACGUGCGAGGCCAGGGGGACCGAGCACUCGCAUCACCUCUUCAUAAGACUUCCAUCUCGCAUACCCGUCGUUCCGCUCACGCCCGACUUGGAUGGGAUGACAGGCGAGUCUUUUGCAAGCGAAGAGCAUCCAGGAGUUUCGUGCAAUUCCUGUCACCAGGGAGUGAGAGGGAGGAGGUUCAAGUGCCUUGUGUGUCCUGACUUCAACCUGUGCAGCAACUGUGAGCAGUCUGAGGAGCAGCACUUCCAUCAUCCCAUGAUUCGCUUUUCCAAGCCCAGCGCCAUUGUUCUGAGGAGCUCGGUCAUCUUACCAGAUGGGGGCAUCAGAGGAUACCGCUACAAGUGCCUCAAGUGCCAGGACUACGACCUCUGCAUGAGAUGCGAAGCCGCUUCUAAGCACCUUCAUCACCGCAUGCUCAGGAUACCCCCAAAAUGUGAAAGCGCAGCCCAUCUUCCCUCCAAUCAGCUCAGGCCUGUUCUUCAACCGGAGCCCGCUCCAAGAGAGAGGGCAGCGGCGAGAGCGCCCUACCUCUGCCCCUGCGGCGAGAUGUGCCGCGAGAAGCCGAGGUACGUCUGCCUCCAGUGUCCAUCCUACGGCCAUUGCCCCCAAUGCGAGGCGAGGAAGACGCACAAGGAACACAUCAUGCUCAGAGUGCCCGAGCCCACUUUUGCGUUCAACUAUCAACCGGGUGUGCGAUGCGGCGGGUGCGGAAACGCCAUCACGGACAUCCGUUACAGAUGCAUCACCUGUCCCGGCUUCCACCUCUGUCUGACCUGCGAGGAGAGGAAACCGCACAGCAAUCAUCCCACGCUGAGAAUGCUUGCUCGGACGAACCCCGCGGCUACAGAAAUGAAUCAGUCUUCAGCGCCUCUCGUGCACGGCAGAGUACUUUGCACGGGAUGCAAGGGUCCCAUCAUCGGUUUCCGGUACGAGUGCGUGAGCUGCCAAGAGGUCAGUCUGUGUGGGAAAUGCGAAGAAAAGGACAACACGCACCUUGAACACCCCUUGCUUCGAUUUCCGACGUUCGUCGCUCAAAGAUAAACCUAUGAAACCGGCGCCUCGACGCACACGUCCCCCGGCUCCCCCGCCUCCGCCUGCAGCAGCACGGCCUCUGUCUCCGUCCGUCGUUUCCUUCCCCGGAGGAACCUCUGGAGGGUCGCCCGAGCCGGCGGCGACGUCCACGACGAAAACCUGUGCAAGCUGUGCCUAGAUAAGGAGUUGAACUGCGUGUUCCCUGACUGCGGUCACAUGGUCGCCUGCCUCGAUUGCGCCAAGAAGAUUACGGGCUGCCCCAUUUGCCGAAAAGCAAUCACGAACCGGAUCCGGAUCUACAAGGCGUGAAAUAUGUUUUAUCUUCUCUUUUCUCUAUGGCGUUGACAGCCGAUUCUUGAAAUAGUGAAAUUAUAAUCGGGAACUCGUGUUGCUGCUUCAUUUCGAAAUCCGUCCACUCGUGUCAC